CCCCACGGUGCGGCUCCGGCUGCUGGAGGGAGACUAGAGGCACCUCCCCAGAGCGGAGAAACCAGUUUGGCCGGUCUCACCGAGCGGAGGGAAAAGGGCGGCCGCAGAGGAAGGGCGCACGGACGCGAGGCGGGGGAGGGCGGGGAGCCAUUGGCGAGCCGCGAGAGCCGGAGCAGCAGCCACCAACUGGACACGCUUCCCGGGGCCCCCGGCCAGCCCCCCUGCGACAUGAAGCGCUAGCGCGGCGGCCAGGGCUGGGCCGGGAGGGCGGCGGCGGCGGCGACCAGGUGUGCAGCGAGCGCUCGGAGCCGCGCGCACCCGGCGGAUGCCCCAGCCGGGGCCCAGCGAGCGCCAGGUAGUUCCAAUUUGCCAGCAGAAUGAGCACAGAAAGAGACUCAGAGACAACAUUCGAGGAGGACUCUCAGCCUAAUGAUGAAGUGGUUCCCUACAGCGAUGAUGAGACAGAAGAUGAGCUCGAUGACCAGGAGUCCACUGUGGAACCAGAACAGAGUCGAGUCAGCAGGGAAGCAGAGGAGAACCGGGAUACCAUCAGAAAAGAGUGUACAUGGCAAGUCAAGGCAAAUGAUCGAAAGUACCAUGAACAACCUCAUUUUAUGAACACAAAGUUCUUCUGUAUUAAGGAGAGCAAAUAUGCGAAUAAUGCAAUUAAAACAUAUAAGUACAACGCUUUUACCUUUCUACCAAUGAAUUUGUUUGAGCAGUUUAAGAGAGCAGCCAAUUUGUAUUUCCUGGGCCUUCUUAUCUUGCAGGCAAUUCCUCAAAUCUCCACCCUUGCAUGGUACACUACACUUGUGCCCCUGCUUCUGGUGCUGGGCGUCACUGCAAUCAAAGACCUGGUGGACGAUGUGGCUCGCCAUAAAAUGGAUAAGGAAAUCAACAAUAGGACGUGUGAAGUGAUUAAGGAUGGCAGGUUUAAAGUUGCCAAAUGGAAAGACAUUCAAGUUGGAGAUGUCAUUCGUCUAAAAAAAAAUGAUUCUAUUCCAGCUGACAUUCUGUUGCUGUCCAGCUCUGAGCCUAACAGCCUGUGCUACGUGGAAACGGCAGAACUAGAUGGAGAAACCAAUUUAAAGUUCAAAAUGUCACUUGAAAUCACAGACCAGUAUCUCCAAACAGAAGAUACAUUGGCAAAAUUUGAUGGUUUUAUUGCAUGUGAAGAACCCAAUAACCGAUUAGAUAAGUUUACGGGAACACUAUUUUGGAGAAACAGAAGUUUUCCUUUGGACGCUGAUAAAAUUCUGUUACGUGGCUGUGUACUGAGGAACACCGAUGUCUGCCAUGGAGUGGUUAUUUUUGCAGGUGCUGACACUAAAAUAAUGAAGAAUAGUGGGAAAACCAGAUUUAAAAGAACAAAAAUCGAUUACUUGAUGAACUACAUGGUUUACACGAUCUUUGUUGUUCUUACUCUGGUUUCUGCUGGUCUCGCCAUUGGUCAUGCUUACUGGGAAGCACAAGUGGGCAAUUACUCUUGGUACCUCUACGAUGGACAGGAUGGUACACCCUCCUACCGUGGAUUCCUCAACUUCUGGGGCUACAUCAUUGUCCUCAACACCAUGGUGCCCAUCUCCCUGUAUGUCAGCGUGGAAGUGAUUCGUCUCGGACAGAGUCACUUCAUAAACUGGGACCUGCAGAUGUACUAUUCUGAGAAGGACACACCUGCGAAGGCUCGAACCACCACGCUGAAUGAGCAGCUGGGGCAGAUCCAUUACAUCUUUUCCGACAAGACGGGGACACUCACACAAAACAUCAUGACCUUUAAAAAGUGCUGCAUCAACGGGCAGAUUUACGGAGACCAUCGGGAUGCUUCUCAACACAAUCAUAGCAAAAUAGAGGAAGUGGAUUUUAGCUGGAACAUAUUUGCUGAUGGGAAGUUCGCAUUUUAUGACCAUUACCUUAUUGAGCAGAUCCAGUCGGGGAAGGAGCAAGACGUGCGGCAGUUCUUCUUCCUGCUCGCCGUCUGCCACACGGUCAUGGUGGACAGAAACAAUGGUCAGCUCAACUACCAGGCAGCCUCCCCUGAUGAAGGCGCCCUGGUGAACGCCGCCAGGAACUUCGGCUUUGUCUUCCUCAACCGGACCCAGAACACCAUCACCGUCAGUGAGCUGGGGACCGAGCGGACCUACAGCGUUCUCGCCAUUUUGGACUUCAACAGUGACCGGAAGCGAAUGUCUAUCAUUAUAAGAACCCCAGAAGGCAACAUCAGGCUUUAUUGUAAAGGAGCGGACACUGUGAUUUAUGAACGGUUACAUCGAGAGAAUCCUUCAAAGCAAGAAACUCAGGAUGCCUUGGAUAUCUUUGCAAGUGAAACUCUUAGAACCCUGUGCCUUUGCUACAAGGAAAUUGAAGAAAGGGAAUUUGCCGAAUGGAACAAGAAGUUUAUGGCUGCCAGUGUGGCCUCAAACAACCGGGACGAAGCCCUGGAUAAAGUAUACGAGGAGAUUGAAAAAGACUUAAUUCUAUUAGGAGCUACAGCUAUUGAAGACAAGCUACAAGAUGGAGUCCCAGAAACCAUUUCAAAACUUGCAAAAGCUGACAUUAAGAUCUGGGUGCUUACUGGAGACAAAAAAGAAACUGCCGAAAAUAUAGGAUUUGCCUGUGAACUUCUGACUGAAGACACCACCAUCUGCUACGGGGAGGAUAUAAAUUCUCUUAUUCAUACAAGAAUGGAAAACCAGAGGAAUAGAGGUGGAGUCUAUGCAAAAUUUGCACCCCCUGUGCAUGAACCUUUUUUCCCUACCGGUGGAAACCGUGCCUUAAUCAUCACUGGUUCUUGGUUGAAUGAAAUUCUUCUAGAGAAAAAGACCAAGAGAAGUAAGAUUCUGAAGCUGAAGUUCCCCAGGACAGAAGAGGAAAGACGAAUGCGGACCCAGAGUAAAAGGCGGCUGGAAGUUAAGAAAGAGCAGCGGCAGAAGAACUUUGUGGACCUGGCUUGCGAGUGCAGCGCCGUCAUCUGCUGCCGCGUCACCCCCAAGCAGAAGGCCAUGGUGGUGGACCUGGUAAAGAGAUACAAGAAGGCCAUCACGCUGGCCAUUGGAGAUGGUGCCAACGACGUGAACAUGAUCAAAACUGCGCACAUUGGUGUUGGAAUAAGUGGACAAGAAGGAAUGCAAGCUGUCAUGUCCAGCGACUACUCCUUUGCUCAGUUCAGGUAUCUGCAGAGGCUCCUGCUGGUGCAUGGCCGCUGGUCUUACAUUAGGAUGUGCAAAUUCCUACGCUACUUCUUCUACAAAAACUUUGCAUUCACUUUAGUUCAUUUCUGGUACUCCUUCUUCAACGGCUACUCUGCACAGACCGCGUACGAGGACUGGUUCAUCACCCUCUACAACGUGCUCUACUCCAGCCUGCCUGUGCUACUCAUGGGGCUGCUCGACCAGGAUGUGAGUGACAAACUGAGCCUCCGAUUCCCAGGGUUGUACGUGGUGGGACAAAAAGACUUACUCUUCAACUAUAGGAGAUUCUUCGUAAGCUUGCUGCAUGGCAUCUUGACGUCAAUGGUCCUCUUCUUCAUUCCUCUUGGAGCUUAUCUGCAAACCGUGGGGCAGGACGGAGAGGCACCUUCUGACUACCAGUCUUUUGCAGUCACCAUUGCCUCUGCUCUUGUAAUAACAGUCAAUUUCCAGGACCACCAUGAUUUCACUCCCUGUGUUUUUACAGGUACGGCUUCAAAUGCCCUGAGGCAGCCAUACAUUUGGCUGACGAUCAUUCUGACCGUGGCGGUGUGCUUACUGCCCGUCGUUGCCAUACGGUUCUUGUCAAUGACCAUCUGGCCGUCAGAAAGUGAUAAGAUCCAGAAGCAUCGCAAGCGGCUGAAGGCGGAGGAGCAGUGGAAGCGGCGGCAGAACGUGUUCCGCCGGGGCGUGUCGUCGCGCCGCUCGGCCUACGCCUUCUCGCACCAGCGGGGCUACGCCGACCUCAUCUCCUCCGGGCGCAGCAUCCGCAAGAAGCGCUCGCCCCUCGAUGCCAUCGUGGCCGAGGGCACAGCCGAGUACAGGCGGACAGUGGAGAGCUGAUGGGGCGCCCCCCGCCCUGCAAAGGAGAUGGCUAUUUUUUAAUGAAAAGACUCAGGACUUUUUGUUGUUCAUUGAAUUUGUAGCAAAGAUGUUAAAGGCAAUAACCUUUAUAACAAGCUGCUUGGGCUGGUCUAUUAAUCAAUAGCAAAGAAAGGAUACUUUUUAAAAAGUUCUAUUACGCAGGCGGGGCGCAGUGGCUCAC